AUGGGACCACCGCCUCCAGGCAGGUGGCAGGGUGACGAGCUGCCAUCGAGCAGCAGGUCACCAGCUGGCCCAACAUCAUCAGCAGCUGGCAGCGUCGAUGAAGUGUCCAAUGCCUGGAAGUAUGUCAAAGCCGUGACCGAUGGAGGGAAAGGAGUGGACCUGUAUGAUCUGCUUUCGCACAGCUGGCCAUCACUGCUGCGACCGCGCUCGCCAAUAAUGGGGAACAUGCCGGCCAUGGUGCUGGACAGACACAGCGCCUGCCAGACCGUGUGCUUCUGCGGGGUGUUCCCUGAAAUCAACAGGGCCUGGGCGUCUGUGGACAACUCCUUCUUCAUGUGGCGCUUUGACAGAUGGAACGAUGUUCCCCUGGAGUACAGCGGGGAGGAGCAGGCCAUCUGUGCAGUGGGGCUGGUGAGGCCGCGGCCUGGAGUGUUUGUGGAGGCAAUCCAGUAUGUUCUGGUCCUCUGCACCACAGUGGAGAUUGUGCUGCUGGGCGUGUGCGUCAGCCCGGGCCCGGGCGGCGAGGCGGGGGAGGAGCUGACGCUGCAGCCGCUGCCGCUGUACGCGUGCUCCAGCGACAACGUGACCAUGUGCUCCGUGGCUACCACGCCGGACGGCCGCAUCUUCACCGGCGGCGCCAACGGCCUCCUCUAUGAGAUCGUCUACAACAGCACCGACACCUGGCGCAAAAAGCGAUGUUACAAGAAAGACCUGACGAGUAGCUGGACCCCUUACCUGCCAUCGCUGCCCUCCUACUUCAACAGCCUCCUGCCGCGGCCCAGCCCCAUCCUGGAGAUUGCCAUCGACUCGGAGCGCAACAUCCUCUACACCCGCAGCCAGAAUUCCAGCAUACAGGUCUUUGAUCUGGGAGCUGACGGCAAGGAGUUCAGGAAGGUGGCUGAGGUGACAGACUUCAUCAAGCAGGCAGAGAGGGCGGCAGGCGGCAGGGACAUCUUUGGCGGCCGCAGCAGCGCGGACCGCAAGGGCGCUUCUGUGGUGCACAUAGCGCCGAUCUCAACAGCCGAAUCGGCGCGGCUGCACCUGCUGGCGGUCACCGCGGACGGCCGCCGCGUGUACUUCAGCACCAGCGAUGCCGGCGGCUACGGCCCCGCGCGUUCGCAACGGCCGACGCACCUGCGCGCCCAGAUCGCCCGGCAGGCACCCCCCCAGCCCACCAACGCCGCCGUCGCACGCGGCACCCAGCAGCCAUCCAGAGGGUUGGAGGUGGCGGUGGCGCACUACAGCAACGGAGUGCUGUUGCUGGCAGAGGCAGCGGGGCAGCAGGGGCGCAGCCGUCUCAUAGUGGCCGCGCGGGACCUUGCCAGCCCACCCACCGCCACCGCCACUGGCGCCUACAUUGGCAUGCCCGGCCUGCGCGAGACCGUGGCCGAGCUCGAAAUGCUCAUCCCUGGGGAGACAUGCGCGAUUGCGGCGCUGGGCCGGCCGGCACUGACGGCUGGGACUGAGCUGGCAAUGCGCGACGAGCUCACCACGCAGCUUAGCGCACCGCCACAGCCUUUUGUGAUCAUCAGCACGGCGGGCGUGCUGGAGGCGGAGAAGCGGCGGCCGGUGGAUGUGCUCUCCAGCAUCCUGGAGGAGCGGUCCGCGCCCAAGCUCGAGCAGUUUUUUGCCGGCUACGGCGCGGCCGAGGUCGCCGCUAUGUGCUUCUACCUCGCCACCUGCCCGCCAUCUGCCGCCUCUCAGACGGUGAGUCAGCAGGCGAAGAGUGCGCUGGAGAACCCGCGGCUGACGGGCGAGGCGGAGGUGAAGGAGAGCGAGGCCACGCGCUCCGGCGACCAGAACCUGCCUCCCAAUCAGGGCUUCGACAUGGGCCAGGCUGUGCCUCUAGCGGAGCCGGAGUGGUCGGCAGCGUACAAGGGGCUGUGCAUGUACGUGGCGCGCGUGCUGCAGCCGGCCUGGGAGGAGGCCGUCACUGUGCCGGUCAGCCGCGGCAGCAGCCAGCAGAAGGCCAACAUCCCCACCGACACGCUGCAGGCAUUGGAGGACAGGCUGCGGACGUUGGAGGGCUUCCUGCGAGAGUACCAGGAGCGGCGGCGCCUGCGCAGCCAGCGGCAGCCGACGUCCUCGUCAGCGUCCACAGACCCAGUGCGAGGCUCCUACCUGGAUGCAGGCGCGCAGGGGGGCCUCAGUCAGGGCCGGCCUGCAAAGCGCCAGCGCCUUGUUGAGGCAGCCAAGCUGGAGGACCAGCGGGUGGGGGCGGUGCGGGCGUUGGUGGCGCGGGCGGCGGAGGGCUGCUUUCUGCUACAAAAGCUGGGGGACCACAACCUGGGCCGCCUGGCCGCGCGCUGCGACGACGCCACGCAGCGAUCCCUCCGCGACGCGCUCAAGCUGCGCGACUGGGUCACCGGCGCCCACGGCGAGGCAGCCGCCGCCGCGCUCAUCUCCGUCCUCAUCACCGAGCACCUCUCCGCCACUGGCGGGGUGGCGGAAGAUCUAUCGGCGGUGCUGGCGGGCGGCUGCCCCGGCUUCUUCAAGGAGGAUGACAAGACCUUCUACGCGGCCAGCGGCCUGCUGCAGCGCGCGGAGGCCACCACCGCCGCCUCCGAGCGCGCCCAUCUCACCCGCGAAGCCCUCCGCCUCAUGAUGAAGGCACGCGCAUUCCUGCCCAAUAGUCCUCCUGUGCCGCUGUCGUGCGACCUGGCGCAGGCGGUGACUCAGCUGGCUUUCCUGCGCUGCUACGAGGGCGUCGUGGAGCUGCCCCUGCGUAAGGCCGCAGCGCUCGACCCCGACAACACCGCCCGCCUGCCCGGCGACCCCGGCCGCGCCGGCAGGGAGGCUCGCUACGAGAACGCGUAUGUGCACGUGAUGAACGUGCUCAAGUACCUGAUAGACCCCUCCGCCGGCAACGCGAGCACGCUGCCGCGCGAGUCCAGCCUCUCGGACGCCGAGCGCAAGGACUUCCUGGAGACCCUGCUGCAGCAUGCGGCCAAGGCGGACGACCCAUAUUUCCACGAGGUGCUGUACAACACACUGGUGGACGCGCACGCGACAACGCAGCUGCUGCAGCUGGACAACCCCAGGCUGGAGCGCCACCUGCGCUCCUCCGGGGGCCUCCCAGAACGGGGGGGCGUCCCCCCCGGCGCCCCCAUCGGGCCCCUCUCGCCCACUCAGGUGGCGAGCCUGGACACGUUGGCGCGGCUGUACAUAGCGCGAUUCCAGUACGCGGACGCGGCGGCCGUCUAUGCGGCGCUGGCCGCACGCCGAGCCGGCCUUGGGGACCAGGCUGUAGACCUGGCCGAGCGCCUCGACCUGUACCAGAACGCUGUGCUGCAGGCGUGCUUCCCGGCCACUCAUGCAAAGAGCCAGGGCAAUUCGGAGCUGAUAGACCGGCUGGAGGUGCGCCGGCGGCUGAUGGAGCUGCAGCAGCGCUUGGUAGCAGAGCUGGAGGCCUCCCUGCCCUCCGUCCAGGAGGAGAGGCGGGAGCCCCUGAAGGAGGCAGUGGCGGAGCUGCGGGAGGGUCCGCGAGAGUUGGUGGACCUGUACAACGACUACGUGUGCCCCUGGGCGCGCUGGGGCCUCGCGCUGGAAAUGGUGGAGGUCGCCAACUACUCGGACGCCGCCUAUGUGCGCCAGCUCUGGGACGUCUACCUGCGCCAGGGGUGGGACGAGGCGGUGGCGCGGCUGGCGGGGGAGGGCCGGCCGGAGGGCGAGGCGGCGGCUGGCGCGCUGGCGGAGGUGUGUCAUCGCGCGCAGGUGCUGGGGGAGCGCAUCUUCCCCAACGACGUGGCCUUCCCGGGCGCGCACGUGGCGCAGCGCCUGGAGCAGACCGCCUCGGGGCUCUGGCCCGAGCGCGGCGCAGCCGUCGACGACUCCGACGCUGUUCCCUCCGCCAUGCUCCACGCGUGCAAGGGGCAGGAGGCGGCGGUGCAGCGGGUGUAUGACACGCUGCUGGCCGUGCGCGGCGGCGAGGCGGGCGCAGAAGAGCUGCACGCACCGAGGCUGCGGCUGCGGCUGCUGCGCUCGCUGCACUGGCUCGCGCAGCGCAGCGCGGAGCGGCUUCGCGACCGGCAGCCGGGGCUGUCCUACAUGGCCUACCGUAGCGGCGUCGCUCGAGAGGUGGGCGCUCUAGUGGAGGCCUGCAAGACAUAUGCGGCAGAGGCGAGACGGCUGACACCUGCAGAUGCUGCGGAAGGCGUUGCCCGGCAGUUUGCAGAGCUGCAGCAGAGCCUGGAAAGCGCACCAGUGUGGCAGCGAUAG